AUGAACGUGGACGAGGUCUCCUUUGCCAUUCUGCUGACGGUGCAGAUAGUUCUAGGGGCUUCUGGGAACAUCGUCCUCCUCAUAUUUUCCAUCCGCUCCAGCCUGAGGCCCAUUGACAAGAUUUUCGCUCACCUGGGCCUGGCCAACACCAUGGUGCUGCUCAGCAAGGGAAUCCCAGAGACCAUGCAAGCUUGGAAGCUGGAAAACUUUUUGGACACCAUGGGCUGCAAAAUCCUUCUCUACUGCUACCGCGUGGCCCGGGGCCUUUCCAUCUGCACCACGUCCCUCCUGAGCGUGUUCCAGGCCAUUACCCUCAGCCCCAGGACCCCUCGCUGGGCCCCGAUCAAAGACAGAGCCCCCAGAUCGAUUGGCCUCUCUUGUCUUCUCUUCUGGAUCCUCAGUUCGCUCCUUGAUGUUACCGUGCUGAAAUACGUGACCGGCCCUCAGAACCGGACCAGAACUCGCAGUGUACUUCACUUAAAGUACUGUUCAUCGGUCAGUGUCAGUAAGGGCAUUGUCCUGGUGAAUUCCAUCAUUUUCACCUUCCGCGAUCUGCUCUUCAUAGGGCUCAUGAGCGGGGCCAGCCUCUACAUGAUGUUUCUACUGUACAGGCACCACAACUUAGUCCGGCACCUGCACGGUCACCGCCGCCCCUCCAGGUCGACGCCCGAGGUUCAAGCGGCCAAAUGUGUCGUCCUCCUGGUCGUGCUCUAUGACCUCCUGUAUGGAAGCAAUUCGGUCACCUUGAAUGUGUUAUUAAACACCAGGGCUGAGUCUCCCCUCGUACUAAACAUCCACACGGUUCUGUCUUUCGUCUUCUCGGCCGUAAGUCCGCUCCUGAUUAUUAACGGUAACAGGAGACCUUCUAGGCGCAGACUUUCUGAGGAAUGA